GCAUCAUUUAAACAGACUCCUGCUUCAUGCUGAUCAGUUUGUGAGAACCAUUCGCGUUAAAAGAUUGGACUUGGAUUCUUUUGUUUUUUGUUUUUCCCAAACCUCCCUUUUUAGGUGUCUCUGUUUCAGUUUGAUUUGUUUAUCUAGGUGGGGGGGAUGAAGGGAAGGAGUUGAUUGGUGGAUUUGCAAAGGAUUUCCCUGAAGACUGAGCUCAAAUCUCCUUUCCAUGUAGCUUGGACAUUUUAGGCACUGGAUUUCUGUUCUUGACUUUUCCUGGAAGCUAUGAGUGCAGGGUGCAUGGAUUUCUUUUGUAAAAGCAGCAGGAAGCAGAGCAAGUGUAAAUUGUCUGUGUCAGGCUCCCUGGAUAGCUGGAAAGCAAUCUCCAGGUCAGGCCUCCAGCAUCUGGCUCCUGCUCACUCCCUCAACAUCGCAAUCUCCAAUGGGCCAGGAAAAGAGCCAAGAACAACACUAGAAUGGAGUGAGAAUGCAGUGAAUGGAGAGCAUCUGUGGCUGGAGACCAAUGUGUCCGGGGACCUGUGUUACCUGGGGGAGGACAGUUGCCAAGUCAAAUUUGCAAAAUCAGCUCUCCGACGGAAGUGUGCUGCCUGCAAGAUUGUGGUUCACAAUGCGUGCAUGGAACAGUUAGAAAAGAUUAAUUUUCGGUGCAAACCAACUUUCCGAGAGGGGGGCUCCAGAUCUCCAAGAGAAAACUUUGUCCGACAUCAUUGGGUGCAUAGGCGGAGACAGGAAGGAAAGUGUAAGCAGUGUGGAAAAGGGUUUCAGCAAAAAUUCUCCUUCCACAGUAAAGAGAUUGUGGCCAUCAGUUGCUCCUGGUGCAAGCAGGCGUUUCACAACAAAGUCACCUGCUUCUUGCUACAUCACAUCGAGGAGCCGUGUUCCCUGGGGGCUCAUGCUGCUGUCAUUGUGCCUCCCACCUGGAUCAUUAAGGUGAAGAAACCUCAGAACUCAUUAAAAACUUCAACCCGGCGAAAGAAGAGAACAUCUUUUAAAAGAAAAGCCAGCAAAAGAGGCAAUGAGGAAAACAAAGGCCGACCAUUUGUGAUAAAGCCCAUCUCUUCUCUGCUCAUGAAACCACUGUUGGUGUUUGUCAAUCCAAAAAGUGGUGGGAAUCAGGGCACGAAGGUUCUCCAGAUGUUCAUGUGGUACUUGAAUCCUCGCCAGGUCUUUGAUCUCUCUCAGGAAGGGCCAAGAGAGGCACUCGAACUGUACAGAAAAGUGCCAAACCUACGACUCCUGGCCUGCGGAGGGGAUGGAACGGUGGGCUGGAUCCUCUCCAUCCUGGAUGAACUGCAACUCAGCCCCCAGCCUCCUGUUGCUGUCCUUCCACUUGGCACUGGGAAUGACCUUGCUCGCACCCUCAACUGGGGAGGGGGUUACACAGAUGAGCCGGUUUCGAAGAUUCUCUGUCACGUAGAAGAUGGGACUAUUGUCCAGCUGGAUCGCUGGAACCUCCAGGUGGAACGAAACCCCGAUCUACCACAGGAAGAAAUAGAGGAUGGGACACAUAAGCUUCCACUCAGUGUCUUCAAUAAUUACUUCAGCCUUGGAUUUGAUGCACAUGUCACGCUGGAAUUUCAUGAAUCCCGAGAAGCUAAUCCAGAGAAAUUCAACAGUCGCUUUCGAAAUAAAAUGUUCUAUGCUGGGGCAGCCUUUUCAGACUUCCUCCAGAGAAGCUCCAGGGAUUUAUCUAAGCAUGUUAAAGUUGUGUGUGAUGGAACAGACCUAACCUCAAAGAUUCAGGAGCUGAAGUUCCAAUGUAUAGUGUUUUUAAAUAUACCCAGGUAUUGUGCUGGCACAAUGCCCUGGGGUACCCCCAGUGAUCACAGAGACUUUGAACCUCAGCGCCAUGAUGAUGGUUACAUUGAGGUCAUCGGGUUCACUAUGGCCUCUCUGGCUGCUCUGCAGGUGGGAGGUCACGGAGAAAGGUUGCAUCAGUGCCGGGAGGUGACUCUGUUAACAUACAAGUCUAUCCCCAUGCAAGUGGAUGGGGAGCCAUGUCGACUGGCUCCGUCUCUCAUUCGGAUCUCCCUAAGGAACCAGGCCAAUAUGGUGCAGAAGAGCAAGCGGAGAACAUCCAUGCCGUUACUCAAUGAUCCCCACUCCAUCCCCGACCGGCUACGGAUCCGAGUGAACAGGAUUAGUUUACAAGAUUAUGAGGGGCUGCAUUAUGACAAGGAAAAACUGCGUGAAGCCUCCAUACCUUUGGGAAUAAUAGUUGUACGAGGAGAUUGUGACUUGGAGACCUGUCGUAUGUACAUUGACCGGCUACAAGAGGACCUGCAAUCAGUAACGACUACUACGCAGAGAGUUCACUAUCAGGAUCAGGAAGGUUCCUUUCCACGAGUACUUUCCGUUCAGAGGCUCUCUCCUAGAUGGUGCUUCCUAGAUGCAACUUCUGCUGAUCGUUUUUACCAUAUUGACAGAUCUCAGGAACAUUUGCACUUUGUGACUGAAAUUUCGCAGGACGAGAUUUUUAUCCUGGACCCAGAGCUGGUGAUAGCCCAGCAGGUGGGGACACCUCCCGGAAUGCCCGAUCUGGUACUGGUAGUGGAGCAGGCCUCUGGAAUAUCAGAUCGAUGGAACCCUGCAGUCCGAAAGCGGAUGCUAAGUGACAGCGGCCUCGGCAAGAUUUCCCCACACUACGAGGUACCUGACAAACAAAAGGACGCCAGCCAGACACACAUGCUGCAGCCACCUGUCUCUUCAGAAGAUCAAGCACUUUUACAAGCAGUAAUAGACGGUGAUCUUCUGAAGUUCAUAGAAUGCUGUAAGAGAGGAGCUAAUCUGUUAAUCCAGGGACCUGACCACUGUUCCUUGCUUCACCAUGCUGCCAAGACUGGGCACCUUGAAAUUGUGAAAUACAUCUUAGAACAUGGUCCGUCUGAGUUACUGGAUAUGACAGACAGUGAAAUGGGUGAGACAGCAUUGCACAAGGCAGCCUGCCAGUGCCAUCGUGGCAUCUGCCAGCUCUUGGUGGAAGCGGGAGCGUCUCUAAGAAAGACAGAUUCCAAGGGUCAGACACCUAGAGACAAGGCUCAGCAAGCUGGGGACUUAGAUUUGGCUUCCUACCUAGAAAGUCGUCAGAACUACCAGAUGGUUUCCCAUGAAGACCUGGAAACUGCAGUCUGAUAUCCAUGAAGAGGAAGAGAAUCCUAGGAAAUAACAAGGCUGACCCUGAGACACUCAGGCUGAGAGGAAGAAGCUGAUGGAAUCAAUGUCUCUCUCACUCUCAUGCAAAAUAUCUGAGGACAUGCCACCAGUUUCUAAGGGCUAAUGAGUCUUGCCACGGAACUGUGGUGUUCCCAUGUGAUGGUCCAUUCGGGAUGAGGUGGAACACUCAAAGGUCUGUGGAAUCCAUGGGCCACAGAAAUGUACCCUUACUGCUUCCAGCAAGUAGCAUGAACUUCUCCCAUGUUCAUCUGUACAAUUUAUUUUAAAAAAAUAGGAAAAGAAAGGGAGGAAAAAAACCAAAUUAACGUGGACAUUAAUAAACCAACCAACCCCUUCCUCUAUUCCUACAGUGCCCUACAUUCCUUUCUCUCCAAUCCUUCUCAUUUGUCACCAAUUAAAUAUCUAUUAUCUCUGUAUUAAUUCUUCACAAAUAGACAGAUGAUAGGCAAGAUGUUGAGGAACUCUGGAUGCCCUUUGAAAAAAAUGACUUAUGAACCUGCUAAGUCCUCACCUACGUCUCCCUCAGAAGUUGAAUUCUCAGUGUUUAAUUGCCAGGGAGAUUUUUUCUCUUUUGGAACAAAUUAUUUCUACCGCCCUGUUCUAUGGGGUGCUGGGUCUAGCUAGCUUUACAGCAAUGACAAGAGCUAGCUUCUUAAUUGUCAUUAAAUAGAUCUUAAAGGUGUUCUCAUGAAAUGAUAUUUUAAUAGAAGGGAGUUGCUGUGUGACAUUUUGUGGUGUCUUCUGACAGGCCACACAGUAGCCAAAAAGAUGUCACAUGUCACCACUCUGCUGAUGAUGACAGACUGAUUCUGCUCAGGUCUGAAUCCAGCCUAUAAUUAUCCACUGGGGGCUUCUGUCAAAUUGUGUUUUUAAGAUAGGAAGAGAUCAGAGUAUGAUGGAUGUAGUUGUGGUUGACUGACUUACUAGCCUUGCCACUUUGACUUACUGACUCUUAUAGUUAAAGAAACGAAAUUGAAAGCAUCAGCUGUUCAUCUAGGCUUGUUGAUAUUAGCAAGAGGAUGAGUACCACAUUAGACAUUUUAAAAAUAAUAAAAUACAAUGAAAACACCUCUGCCUGAAAAUUUAGAUGUGCAGAUUCAAAGAGGGGCUUGGAACAAAGCCUUUAAAGAGAGAUUAUCCUAUUCAAAAUAAAACAAACAUAAAUCAUUAACCUCUCAUUGCUUGCCAUAGCAUUACAAACAUGCAUUGCUUAACUGUUGUCAGGCAAGCCAUGGUUUCUUUGUUCUGCUCCUUACUUUCCUGACCCAAAGAACACCACCACCAAACAUAGGAAACCUUCACACCCACACCCAUAUCCCCAAACAUACUCAUAUAUACAAAGAGGCUACGUCUACACUGGUGCGUUCUCACGCAAAAACUCUUUUGCAGAAGAGUCCUUCUGCAAAAACUCUUCCA